AUGGAGUUGAACCGAGCCAGCCACAGAAAGGAUCUCGAUUCAAACACCAGAUUGGAUGGAUUUAGUGGCAAUGGUCACCAAAGAGCCGGACUGGGUCACAACCAACAGCAUAUUCGAGCUCAAUUCCGAAGGAACAGGAUGGACGGAUUCGAUGUUGCUGAUGAUCAUCAACAACUGCCAGCCGACCCGAACCGACCAGAUCAUAGUGAUGACGAGAGAACAGUAGGAGUGGAAUGA